AUGACGAUAAAAAGGAGUACUUUGACUGCGCUGGCGCUACUCGUGAUUUGGGGCUGCACAAGCGUGCUCGGAGCUGCGCUAGAGCAGAAAUCGUUAUCGGCAUCGACGACGCCCUUGAUGAACAAUGAAAGUAUCGAAGUGGAGGCGCGCCGCAAGAAAGUACCCUCGGGCGCGCAUUUACAUCAGCAGCAACAACAACAGCAGCAGCAGCAAUACUACCACCAACAACACCACCCAACUGCCUACAAAGCAUCGGCCGGCUCUCCUGGCUCACCGGUAAAUCUCUUUACGCCGGAUGAUUUUCAAUUUUACACGCUGGACUCGUCGGGUCAGCUGGUAAAGAAGCAAAUGACUAAGCAGGAAAUCCAGGGUAUGAUCGCCGCUGGAGCCGGAGCUGCCGCCGCGGCGAGCAGCAAUCUGCCCGUCGACUUAUCUCACCACAAGACUAAAAUACCUCAGCAGGAACCUAAGAUUGCCGAUGUUGUACAAAACGUACAAAAUGUCCUUAAGAACGAGUUGAAAAAGCCCGUUAAAAUUUAUUCUUCGGGCUCUUCGAUUCCCAACAUCGUCAACAAUCAAUGGAGCAGCAUGCUGCCUUACAUUUUGUCCGGUGGCUCAGUCGAUCAGCAGGACGUCGCCCAAGACACGAGCAUUCUUUUGCCGACCCUCGAUUCGGACCCCUACGUCGACGUCGUACCCUUACAGAGUGAUCGAGUCGUGCCUGUUUAUUCGGCGGGAGUGGAGCAGAAAAACAAGGUUACCUCUCAAAAACCAGCCUUCGCUCAAAAUGUCAACCAGAAGCCCGUUCUGCUCGGCAAUAUGGCUCUGGAUGGUGGAAUUCUUAAUUCUCAGGAUUCGGUGGGCCAUUCUCCGAUCCAGUACAACAAACCUGCCAAACAACCCACGCAAAACAUCGUGCAGGACGCCGUUGAUGUGAAAAAUAAUACGUAUACCAAACCGACGCUUUACAUACCGUCGUCACCUUCUCUUCAGGCCGAUGCUAAAGAUAAAUACACGCACGUGCAUUAUCAGUCGGUCCCGAUAUAUUCUAGACCGAACCAACAGGAUAAGGUCACCACUCUGGUGUCCGAAACGAAGCAGGAAGCCACUGCGACUGUGGCACCGUUCAAAAAGCCAACGUACCUUACUAGUGCGACUCAACGACCUUUGACAACCAACUCACCUCCGUCCACGACGAGAACUACAGUUCGCGAUAAUUUCCCGGCGACGAUUAUGAAUGUCGGACCGAUGGGUGGUUUCAAGAAACCAGAAAUAUUUCACAAACCAACGCCUUACCGACCGACUUUUGAACCCAUUAAUAGGCUCAGCACAUCUGACAAUUACGAGACUACCUUCCGUCCGAUUUAUACCCCCAUGUCGCAGACAACGGUGGCAAUCGAGUCGGCCUCUCCUUAUCGUCCAGUCUUCAGUGACAAAACCAAUACUGUUACCUUCAAGCCGGCAAAUUUUCAGUUUCCAGUUUAUGAAAUAUCGAGCGAGCCCAGCAGUGGAUUAAAGGUUACUAUUUAUCCUGGAAAUUCUUUUGAAACAGAAACUACUAGGAAAAUGCCUUCGACGCCAGUUUUCAACGUUCCAACACAACCGAGUACGGUCGCUUUCACAACGCGAAAAAUGCCAGAAGCCGUAACACAGCCAAGCGGUUCUGUAACGGAAACACCCAGUCUUAAAUCUCAGGAAUCUAUGACAGAGAAAUCAUCCAAUGUUUCAGAAAUAUCAAAAACGACUGAAAAAGUUACAGAGAAAACGUCCGAAACUACCACCGAAGUACCUUUUCAAUCCCCAGCUGGUACGGAAGAAGAAUCUAUUUUGAACACUAGACUUCCUACCACUAUUAUUGAUAUUGCUCCAGAGGAGACGAAAAAGGCACCUAGUGCAACUGCGCAAGCUGAAGUAUCAUUGAAAGAAACUGAAAGUAAAGAUGAAAAAAUUAUUGAAACUACUACUUCGAGUGAUUUUAAAUCCGAAGAAAUAAUUACCACCCAAUUUGACGCAGUGGACGAAAUUACAACAGAGAGUAUUAUUGGGAAAAAUAGUUUUAAUCAAAAAGUGCAAGCUGAAAGUGAAUCCAUUUCUACGGUAACCAAUUUAUUACCAAAAGCUACAAGUACUUUGUCACCAUUGACUAUUGACAGAUCUACGGAACAAACAAACUUAAAUUUUGAAGAUAGAACCGUAGAAAUCGAUACCCCAACGAUUCGACCACCCAGUAUAUCAGAAGAAAGUACCUACUCAACGAUUAUUCCUGAUGCAGUACAAACUACAGAUCUUCCGAAAAAAUCUCAAGAUUCAUUGAACGAAGAUAAUUUCAAUUCUAGAAUUGAGCAAACAACUAUUUAUCCUUCUACAGAUGAUAAAAUUGAUGAAUCAAAUGACGAUGCUAAACAAAUUACUACUACGGAAAACGCUCUAAAUGACGUGAUCAAAAUAUCAUUGGAUGAAGAAGCAUCAACAAUUAAAGUAAUACCUGUAUACGACGAUGAAACUUUGAAGUAUCCCACGAGCGCUUCUGUACCAAGUAAAAUUAACACGUUAACUACUCAAGUUACUGAAGAAUUAUCAUCACAGACUUCUACAACUGGACCUUCCUCAACCUCUUUUACGACGCAAAAUAUUGACACAACAGAAACUGCUUUACCCGGAUUAGAUGAAGCCUUCAAUAAUUACAUGAAGGAACAUUAUGAUUCGAAAAUUCCCGCGUACACUAACGAUGAAAUAUCGGGCUGGACAACAUUCCCAACAUUGAGCUACAGAUCAAAAACGGCAACUGAUUUACCCGCUAUAGCAGAUGAAGCAACCGAGGCUUUUUCUGAACAGAUCCUUGAUUCAACAACUAUUCUUCCCUAUACUGAUGCUUCUGAAAUUACUACAAUCACGAAUUCUGAUGAUUACAGCAACAAACAACAGUCUAAAUUUGAUGAAGCAGUUAAUAUUGCGACCGAAGUGCCAUCGUUUGAAAAAGUUGAAACGCCAAUCAUAUACUUAAAUUUGGCAAGCUCCGAUUCUACGGAAAAAAAUGCAACCCCUAAACUACCGGAAGAAUUUAUAACUAAUUCAUCACUGACUCGUAUAAAAACAAAAAAUUCAGCUGCGGAUAGUGAUAAGGUACUACCAAACGUAGAGACUAAUACGCCGCCAGCUGCUGAAUUGUAUACUCUGUCAAGUGAAAAUUCGAUCCAAAAUAACAUUGCUAGUAGUUUGACAACGGGCGUCGAAAAAUCUAAACCAGACGAACUUGGCAAUUCAAAUGUCCAAGAUACCAAAAAUGCAGAAAAGCCGGAAGAUAUUCAAGAGAGCGUGACUGUUUUUUCAACAAAAUUAGAUGAAAAAACAACAGAAGCAAUUACUUCCGUUCCUGAUCUUCUACCUUACGUAGAAUCCUCGACUAAUACUUUCCCAACAGAAAUUCCCAAAAUUGACAUCAAUACGCAAAUACCUGAAAUUAUGGCAAUGCUCAGUAAUAGCGAUACCCCUAGUCAGACUGAAGAAGACACUGAUCUAAUAAAAAGUACUUUUAUUCCUCCAUUAGAAAAAAUUAAUGAAGUUAUAAAUCAAUUGCAAAAUUCGCCACAAAAUUCUGAGCACAGUAGGUACGAUUAUGCGAGUGAGUUGACUACUACCAUCGAUCCAUCAGACACGUUCGAGACUUUGCCAAAAGAAGAAGCAUCGACUGAAAUUCAUUCUUUACAUCCUAUGAUUGAAUACCCUAGCAAGGCAGCGAAAGAUUCUGGUAAUGAUACAUUUUCAAUGCUAGAUCUGACAUCGAGAAAAGAUCCUAAAUUACCUAUUGAAAGUGAUAUCCCAAGUUUCACCACUACCAAAAUUCCAGAUAUGCUUCCGACGCCAUUGACAACUGUUUCCCCUAUUAGCAGGCCAUACCCAACGGGAAGACCUGGUCUUCAUUCGACAAAAGGGGUAAUAGAAAAAAUUAAGGCAACCAUCGAUAAAUCCGCCGGUAGAAUUAAUCUAGAAGAUGAAAAAACUAAAAGCCGAUUAAAACCGACGGAACCAAUGUUAAAUAAGGUGUCAAUUAAAAAUAAGCCUCAAAACCGAAGACCAACUCUCGAGAGUUACACGCAAACUAGAAGACCGACUUUGGAAACCUAUCCCCCAAGAAAGUCGACCGUAAGCGUAGAAUCCUUUACUAAGCGACCUACUUUCGAUAGCCACCCGACAAGAAGAGCUACUUUGGAAACCUAUGUGAAAAAGAAUACUAAACCAAUGAAUUUAAACAGACCGACGAUAAACAAAAUUUCAACAGCGAGACCAACUUCCAUUAAAACAACAGUGCCAGUUCCAGUUCCAACGAGUAAAACAACGAUCGAACAAUCGAUGGCAAAAUCUGAUGAAGUUUCCAAAGAUCUCGAAAUGACAACUGUUGUAAAUUUAAAACUAGAAGAAGACGAGGAAGCAAUGGAAGCUAAAAGACAUAAUCAUGGUGCUAAUCAACAACAAAUAAAAGCACAAAUUGUCAGUUUGGAUCACUCGAGUAGUGCUAUAGGUCUUGAUCAGAGUAGCAAAGGUCUGGACAAAGACGUGGCCGACUUUCUUAAUUUGUGCAACGAAUUAUCCUUUAGAUUUUGGACCCUGGCCAAUUCAGACUUGAACCCGUCGAGAUCCGUGACGAUGUCACCGUUCGGCAUGCUUAGCACGCUGGCUAUGAUAUUUUUGGGCGCCAGGGGAUUGACGUCCAUUGAAAUGAACGACAUUCUUAAACUGGACGAAGUAGUGACGUUCAAUCCUCAUCUCGUCUUCCAGAACAUUACCGAUACCGUCACCUUAGCCAGAGAUCAAGGUAUCGAAAACGCGGCCUUCGUGAAGGCCUUGUACGCGGAUCGCCUCAAAGUUCGCAGGAUAAUACCCUUCUACAAGGAACAAGCCCAACAGUUUUACGAAGGUGCAGUCGUGGAUAUAAAUUUCUCGACAGCCGGCGAUAUCCUGCGACGCAGAACGAAUUUGCUGAUUCGUAAACAAACCGGUGGAAGGAUCAAAGAUUUCGUCAAGGGACACACGGUGCCUCUUCGCUCGCCGCUCACGGCUCUGUCGGCGAACGUGUUUCAAACGAGCUGCGACGGUGCCGAGGCUAGCAGCGAAGGUCGCGACGGCGAGAUGUAUUUCGCGGUCGCGCAAACCGUGAAGCAGCGCAAACUGGUGCCGAUCCCGGCGGUCGUCUGGAAAAGCGGCGUGUCGGCCGGCUACGAGCCCAGCCUCGACGCCACCGCCGUGGCGCUGGGCGACGCCAAGAAGCCCGUCUCUCUCAUCAUGAUCAUGCCUGGACAGCAGGGCCUCACGGCACCCGGUGACAAUUUGGAACGAUUGGAGCAGAGAUUGUUCGGUCGCGGCACCGACAACUCGCUCGACAAGUUGCUCAAAGUCAUCAUACCCAGGAGGGUCGAAGUGCAGCUGCCCAAAUUCAGUCACAGAUCGAUCGUCAACGUGACCAACGCCUUGAAGAUGCUCGGCUUCAAUCAUUUGUUCUCCCGAACAGCCGAUCUCAAAGGCAUCAACGGAGCGGGACACGAUUUGUACUUGGCUGACAUGAUACAGAUGAACUUGUUCGGCACAUGCGGCGAUGAGAACAAAUCGGGCAAUCGUCAUCUUAGCGAAACGUAUCCAGGAUCAUCACCCAGACACACGAGAGCCUGGGACAAGUACCAGGUACAAGGCCGAAGUAGCGUCAACGAUCACUUUGAGAUCACCAAUAACAAAACCAUGGAGCAAUCGGACGUCGCCGAGCUCACGGCUGCUUGUGAAGACGAAGAAAUUAAUAACGAUGGCGAUGGGACCGAACAAAAUCUAUCGCCUUCCGAGCGAAGAAAUUUGGAGCGAAUAAAGCAAUUGCGUCUGCAAAUACACGCACGCAGUAUGCGAAGGCCUCAGGGCGGUAAACAGCGUAGAAAAUGCCGAACGCGCAGACAAACCGUCGAUGGUACGACGAGCGAUAAACCUCGAAUGAAGAUGGACAAACCCUUCCUCUAUCUCAUUCGGCAUAAUCUGACAGGGCUGAUUUUACAUAUAGGUCGUUUUAAUCCUAAAAGCCAAGCUUGAACAUUAAGGAAA